AUGAAACCCGUAAAAAGUAUCACGAUUAUCGAUGAUCCGCAAGUACACGAAGACCAACACGUUCACGCCGUGUAUGACCAGAUUGCCUCUCACUUUUCAUCCACUCGGUACAAGCCUUGGCCUAUCAUAGCUAAAUUUCUUUCUGAUCUGCCAACUGGCUGGAUUGGUCUGGAUUCGGGAACAGGGAAUGGAAAAUACCUUCCUCUGCCCGCAGAUCGCCCUAGUAGUGUACUAACAAUCGGCCUCGAUCGAAGUCGCAACUUGCUCCAGAUCGCCCAGCACGCCGGGAGUGAGCCUGGGUGUCUGAUAACUCAAGAGGUUGUUUGGGGUGAUAUCCUUGGAAGUGGUUGGAGAUUAGGUGCAUUCGACUACACCAUAUCUAUAGCCACCAUCCAUCACCUGGCAUCACACGACCGUCGAAAGCUUGCCGUUCAAGUGAGGGCUACAUUUAUUUAUGGACAGAAACGUCUUUUACAGGCUGUCUCUCCAGUCCACGGACGCGUGAUGAUCUAUGUGUGGGCCAUUGAGCAGGAUGAGCUAUCCAAACGGUCGAUCUCAACUAGUGACACCGAUGGAUCGGAUCACUACCCUCUGACUGGCGAAGAUGUUUUUGUUCCCUGGGUGAUGUCUCAAAACCAGCACACUGCGAAAGGGAAAUUCAAAAACGACAUCCCCUCUUCAGCUACAUCGAAAGAGGUCGUGUCAACUGCCCCGACGUUAGCGGCAGAGAUUCCCGUAUACAACAGAUACUAUCAUAUGUUUGCAAAGGGCGAACUCAAACAGCUCACGAUCCAAGCAGUUGAAGGGCUUGGACUAUUGGUUGGAUCGAGAGAGAGUGCAAAUGCUAAGGGAUGCAGAGGCGUUGAGAUUAUCCAAGAAGGAUGGGAACGGUCGAAUUAUUAUGUCGAGUUACGGCGCUGGGUAUCUUGA